AUGGAGUCCCAGAAAAAGUUCCAUGUACUGAUAGUCGGAGGUGGUACUUGCGGAUUGGCCAUCGCACAUGGUUUGCAAAAGGAAGGGAUAUCAUACACGAUUUUCGAGCGAGACUCUGAGGAAGAUUAUUGGAACAAGACUCGAGACUGGGGCAUGUUGUUGCACUGGGGAAAAGAAUUCUUGAUGAGAACUCUACCUGAGGACCUACAAAUCAGAUUCGAGGAAACUCUUGUCGAUCCAAGAUAUAAUGGGAUGGAAGAUGUCCCGAUUCCUCAUGUCAAUGGGAAAACUGGAGAGGUAAUGGCGCGAAUAGCAAUGCCAGCACUAGUACGAGUUUCAAGGAAGAAGCUCCGAAAUUGGUUAACAUCGAAGAGAGAUCUCAAUAUGUCGUUCGGCAAGAAGUUGGUUUCAGUGGAGUCGAACGGGUCAGAUAUCACUGCAGGAUUUGAAGAUGGCUCAACCGAAAGGGGCCAUCUCAUCGUUGGCUGCGAUGGCUCGCGAUCGAAAGUCCGAGAAUAUUUGGUGGGAUCAGAAGCGACCAAACCGUUCGAUACUGGGAUGACGAUCAUCAAUCAUGCUUUCACUGGCUACACAGCUGAGCAAGCUCUUCUAAUGCGGAAAUAUCAUCCUGUGGCAACUUGCUUCUAUGAUCCGAAGAUUGAUGGCAUAUUUCUGCUAACAGUUCUGGAUGCUUCUAAUGAGAACAAACCAGAGACCUGGAGCUUUCAGAUCCAUCAUGCCUGGUGGGGAGAACCUGGUGUCAAGGAUCUGAGCGACCCAGAAGCUCGCCUACAGUUCUUCAAGGACCGCAGCUCACAAAUCUGUGAGCCAUUUGCAACUGCGGCGGCCGCCCUUCCUGUGGACUCUAUACUGCCAGCUGACGCUGGUCAACAAUGGUCACCGGUUUCCUGGGAUAACCAUGAGGGAACUGUUACUAUUGCAGGGGAUGCUGCUCACUCUAUGCUUCCUAAUCGUGGACAGGGCUUGAACAAUGCAAUGCAAGAUGCUGCAGAGGUUGUGGAUGCUGUUAAAUCCGCAGUUUCCGGAGUAUGCACUUUGAAGGAUGCCAUAUCUACGUACGAAGAUGGCAUGCGUCCGCGCGGAGCCAGAGACGUUGCGCUUUCUCUGGAGACGGCGCAGCGGCUACUUGUUUCAGACUUAAAGGAGAGUCCUAUGUUCAAAGUUGGCCUUCAAAAGAUGGAUGGCCAGACAGUUGUUGAGGUGCCAAACGCAGUGCAGGUGGUGGAGUGA